AUGGUCUUUGGUGGACAGGACGCGUGGCGAAAGCACCCGAUGCUGACGGGCUGCUACAAGCGACCCUUCCCCGGCCUAGGUAUUGCAUUGGGUCUCUUUGCGGGCUACUGCGUACUGGAUGGGACGAUCAAGUUUGCAACAGCUCCUACGAAAGAUUUAUACGCCCCGGGAACGUUCAAGUUCGAGGCUCAGGGCGAAGACGAUGAAUAGUGGAGCGUGCUAGUAACCGAGGGCCCGCGGUAGCAUGACGCUAUCUAUCGUAGGGGAAUAUCGAGGGGGCUGUUCUGCGUGCCCGACCCUACUUUGGGGGGGCGUUUGAUUUUGUGAGGGUGGCCCGACCGCCGUUGUUUGGGAUUUUUUUUUUUUCUGUGUAAUUCGGUUCUUGUUUGCGUGUGUCCCAGCUGUAGACUACGGGGUUGACGGUGGGACGGGGACGGCAAGCAUUUUCGGUUGUUCAGUCUAGCGCGGCCAGAUAUCCGAUACUUUUCAACCGGUUGCAGCGUAGCGGUAGUCGUUCAAAUACGCCGCCGGAGCGAGUGGAAGAUGUUUGCAGGAGUUGUGAUGUUCCCGAUACGCAUGGAACUCGAUGAUACACACCCCUGGGCAUGAUGUUCGGGGUUGCUCGUGGGGAGUACAUGGUCGAUCGACGUAUACACGGCCGAACAGCCCAAUCAACGGGUAUGAACUCUGGAUGGACGGGCAUCGAAGCUGUAUCUGCCAAACUGCUCAAGGAGUGUAUGAUUUCU